UGUAACCCUACGUAAGUGGCUGAGUUCCUGCAGAGGAGGAGGAGGAGGAGCAUCCGAUUACUUCAUUUUUUCAGUUUGUUUUCCUCCCCCAGCGUCAGUCUGGGAACCUCUUCCCGCACUGUGGUACACAGCCGAGUUCGCAGUGGUGCUUUUUCUUUAAUAUAAUUCCCAGGCACUAUUUUUAUUUUUUAUUUGCCAUUACACAGAAAUGAGCAUCGAAACGCUACUAGAAGCUGCCAAGUUUUUGGAAGUACAAGCCCAGCAACAACAGAAAGCACGUGAGGAUGAACUGAAGGAGAAGCUGCUUCUGCAGCAGAAGACGGAGCAUAUCUACCCUGAUGUGAAUUAUAACUCCACAGUCUGUAUUAGCAAUGUCCCCAAAGCUAAGGAAUAUCACACGCCGUGCCCCCCGCCACCCAUACCACCCUCCCUGCCCCACCCUUCCACACCCGUCACCGUGUUCCCCAUGCCGGUGGUCACCCCCAACCCUGCAGGGUCGCCGGCUCUACCUGUCACCACCCGCUCCCCUCCAGCCGGUCAGUCCCUGGCCUUCCUUAAGAGAGACCCUCAGGAGCAGAGCUCUGCUGUAACCAGGUGCUCCCCACCUCCCAAAGCUGACCACCCGACCCCCACAGUGACGGUCAACCCCAGGCAGCCCAUCCAGAACCACCUUAGCCCCCCUCAGCUCCCCGACCAAAGCAACACCAAAGCGCAGCAGCACACGCUGCAGCAGGUGGUUCAGUGCUAUGCAGGUUCAAUCAUCUCAGCCCCUCAGCACCAAGCCUUACUCCCCCACCCCAGCCCUCUGCUUCAGCCCACCCCCCCUCAGAACGGCUCCAUGGGCCGGACGAGCCCUCCUGACGACAGCCGUCAGCUGGACAGCAAGAAGAGGCCAGGAGGGGCCGGAACAAGAGAAGUGCAUAACAAGCUGGAGAAAAACAGACGAGCACACCUGAAGGAGUGCUUUGAAACGCUGAAGAAGAACAUCCCCAACAUCGACGAGAAGAAAACCUCCAACCUCAGCGUGUUGAGAAGCGCGCUGAGAUACAUUCAGACGUUGAAACGCAAAGAGAAAGAGUACGAGCACGACAUGGAGCGGCUGGCCAGAGAGAAGAUCGCCACCCAGCAGCGCCUGGCAGAGCUGAAGAACGACCUGAGCCAGUGGAUGGAUGUGGUGGAGAUCGACCGGGUCCUCAGGCAGACGGUGCAGCCAGAGGAGGACCAGGCUUCAACCUCCACUGCUUCAGAGGGGGAGGACAUUAUGGACGACCUGGAGGAAGCAGGUGCAUUGAGAGCGUUGCCCGCCGUACCAGCUGCACCCAACAGCAUGAAACCUGAGCUGCUGAAGAUUGUGACGCCAGCCACCAGCGCUUCCAUCAUCACCCAGCACAUCUCGCCCCUGAACAGAGCCCCCCCACAUCAGCCGCUACCAGUGAAUCCUCCACAGCUGCAUACCAAGCCAGUAGCUCCACCCAUACUCCCGGCUCCAACGUCCAGCGCUCCCAGUCCACCAUCCAUCCCUGCCCAGACGACGGUCAUCGCCCACGCCUCAGUGUCCCACCCCUCAGUUAUUCAGGCAGUAAACCAUGUCCUCCAUGGGGGGUGUCCCAAACAGGUGACCCACCUUGCUCCCUGCACCACCACCAGCUCGGUGCAGUUAGCCCCCAGUCCCCAGCCCAUCGGUCACAUCACCGUGCACCCAGUAGCUCACCUUGGCCAACACAUCCCCGCCUUCUACCCGCAGACGGUGGCGGUCACGCAGCCCGCCGUGGUGGGCCACAUCACCCACGCUCACAUCAACGGCACCUCCCCCACCCAGGUGACUGCCACCACCAUCGUUAGUAAGCAGACGGCAGUAAGCACCCAGAUGAUGGCACACCACCCGCAGCUGAUGGGUCAGACUGUGCUGAACCCCGUCACCAUGGUGACGAUGCCCUCCUUCCCCAUAAGCACUCUGAAGCUGGCCUGAGCGGCGUGGAUGAAGUAAAGAUGGGAAAAUGUCCAGGCUGCAGAGAGAGAGGAAGAAAGCGGGACGAGCUGCUGCAGAACCGCAGCAGGAAGCAGUUCACCACUCCUGGUUUAUGGCUGCUUGGGCUCAGAGCGCUGAAGCAAGGUGGGGGGGCACAUAGCGAGGCAGUAGAUGUUUUCACAGCAUGGUGGGAUCAGA